AUGAGGGUUGAUGUAAGAAAAGCUAUUGAAACAGCCCUUCAAAAACGAUCAAAAUCUGCAAAUAUGAAUUUUUCACUUAAACGUUACAAGGAUUUAGGUAUGGAAAUUGAACGUUCACUUUUCUCAGUUCAUCAAGAUGUUAAUUUGAGAUAUCGAAAAUGGUUCAAAAGCUUUAUUACUGUUAUUAAUGAUGAAAUGAAUGGUUUCUUUCGUGAUGUUCUUCGAGAUAAGGUUUCAGUCAAAAAAUUGGUAACCUUGUCGAGUGACCAAAUGAAUGUUCCUUUGCCUCAAAAGGAUCAAUCAAAUACUUCAUUUUCUAUUUCUUCUACCGAUAUUGCUGCUCCUUCAACCUCAAAUAGUAGUUUUAACGUUGCGCCAGCCGAAUUGACUUCAAUCUCCGAAAUGCCUGAAGAAAAUGCCAUAAACGAAUCAUUUACUUCUGCUAACAGCAUUACUACAAUUCGCAAAAAAAUUGGCCCAACUACAAGUCGACACAGUAUGGUCAAAAAGACACCGUUGAGCAAUGUACAGGCAAAGUCUGCAAUCGACGACAUUUUGGGUGAUAUGAAUAAAGACACAACACAUUUACAUCAAAGUCAUUUAUACGAUGCAAAUUGUGGAGUUUGUAAACAAAUGAAUUUGAGGAAAUUUGCAGAAAAGGAAAGAAAAGAGCGUUUGGAAGCUAAACUUGAACAAAAGAGAAAGGCAGAAGAAGCAAAAAGUGGAUCACAAUUAAGUUUUCCAAAUUUGGAUCCUUCUAUUCAAGCAGCAAUGUUGGAAGCUAGUGCUGCUGAAACAGCGUCAAAUGAAUUGGAUUUUUUGAAACAAAAGAGGGAUAGACAACAAAGGGAAACGUUUGAACGCUCUGCCCCAUCCCCAUCAAUUUCUAACAGCAACAAUAUGUUAUUGGGUGGAGAUGUAAUUCUUGGACGUUGUGAUGAUCCAAUAGAUCAAGAACGUCGUCUACGAGAUCCAUUGGGUCUAGAAUCUGUUGAUGCCCUCCCUCCAGAAGAAGAAAAUGUUCAUGAAGAGGAUGACAAUAUGUCUACUUUUGGACAAGCAAAUGAUGACGAUUUUGAUGAUGGAGGAGGUGAUUUUAGUAAUAAUAUUGGUGAUGAUGGUUGUUAUGAAUCUGAAAUGCCCUUACAACAAUUAGCUUCUGAAAGGCUUAAUGAUACUGCUACAACAAAAAUUGUAGAUUUUCGUUCAACUCAAAAUGAUCAUCAUUCUCAUCAAAAAGAAAAACAUAAAGAAAAUGAUCAAAUAGUUGUUCCACGUGUUAUUCCUCCAUUUGAACAAAUAAAAAGCAAUAAUAAUAGAGAAAUUGAUAAUAAUGGAAAUUGGAAUAUGAGAAGGAAGUCGUUUAAUAAUGGAAAUAAUGGUGGGCCUAGUCCUACUGUUAAUAAUGUUCCAAUGAGAAAUGAUGAGCAACAAGAAUUUAUUCGAGGAGGACAAAAGUCUCUUAUUUUUUUAAAUUGUGUCCAUCUGGCUUGUUAUUUAGCCUAUAUUUUACGUACCUACUUAUACACCCUCUAUUUUAGAGAUACCGUCCUUUGUUUUGUUCUACCUUUUCCAUAA